AGCUGCCUUUUGGAAGUUUCAAACACGGAAGUUUUAGGACUGUCAGUGUCACAACCUGCACUUAUGGAGUGUGCAGUAGCCUGGCUUCCCUGUUUUGUUUUCCUUUAGAAAGCCAUGCAAAGGUGAACCGAAAUAAAUCUGUUCAGGCAGCGAGCGUAGGCUACACAACUCUUUUUGGACUUGAGGAACCAGGAUCCAGCAGGGAGUCCGAGCCAAUGGCAUCCGCCGGGGAGAUAGACCCGAGUGUGGGAGCGGGGCUCGGGGAAAGCCUGUCGAUCCACGGCAGCACAGAGAAGCUCAACUCCUCCGCUGUCAAUCGCAUCCUGAUGGAGUUCCUGAUGUACUUUGGCAAAGCCAUGCUCGUCUUCUACCCCGUGUAUCUGAUAGGAUACCUCGGCCUCAGUAUCAGCUGGGUGCUGCUGUGCAUGCUGCUAGCCACUUGGUGGAAGAAAAACCGCCAGUGGAAAGACGCCCGAAUCGGAACCGCCAUCGAAUUUGUGGACAAUGAAACACUUGUGGUCAACAAGGAGCUAGCAAGUGCCUUACAAAUGGCAUCAUGGGUCAACUUUCCUGAGGUUGAGAAGGUUGGCUGGGUUAACAAGGUGUUGGAGCAGGCCUGGCCUUUCUUUGGGAUGUACAUGGACAAGCUCCUUAGAGAAAAAAUCCAGCCGGCUAUCAGGCUCUCCAACCAGGCGCUCAAAAUGUUCACUUUUACCAAGAUCCACUUUGGAAACAUACCUCUCAAGAUCACUGGAAUGAGAGCAUACACACAUGAAGUGGAUCAAAGGGAAGUGGUCCUGGACUUGCAUAUAAGUUAUGAUGGUGACGUGGACAUCGACGCUGUAGUGAAGCCGCCAAUCACAGCUGGUAUCAAAGGACUUAAACUCCGUGGGAUGCUGAGAGUCAUUUUGCAGCCUCUUAUUGGUCAAGCACCACUGGUGGGAGGAGUCACCUUUUUUUUCAUCCGCCGCCCUACCCUAAACAUCAACUGGACUGGCAUGACCAACCUUUUGGACAGCCCUGCAUUCAGCUCCUUGUCGGAGACGACCAUCAUUGACAUCAUUGCCUCGCUCAUGGUGUUGCCCAACCGCAUGUGCGUGCCCCUCAUAGACCAGAUCAAAAUGGAUCAGAUGAGGUUCCCACUACCUCGAGGUGUGGUGAGGGUCCACUUGCUGGAGGCCAGAGACCUGGUGGCCAUGGACACAUACAUGAUGGGUUUAGUAAAAGGCAAAUCAGACCCCUAUGCAACUCUUCGAGUGGGCAACCGAAAUUUUAAAAGCAAGACCAUCAAAGAGACUUUGAACCCCGUAUGGAAUGAAGUGUUUGAGUUUGUCGCCCAUGAAGCCCCCGGGCAAGAGUUGGAGAUGGAGAUUUAUGAUGAGGACACCGAUAAAGACGACUUCCUUGGAAGGUAUAACCUUGAUCUCGGAGUGGUGAAGAAGGAAGUAGAAAUGGAUAAGUGGUUUACUCUGGAAGGGAUCCAGAAGGGAGACGUUCAUCUCAGGCUCCAGUGGCUUUCCCUUAAGUGUGACCCCAGCCUGCUGAGGGAGUCUGCAGACGGCCUUGCUUGUGCCAUGCUUGCAGUGUAUCUGGACAAUGGCUCAAACCUACCAAAAGACAACAGCGAGAUCUCCGAGCUUCAGAAACCCGGGAAGCCGUCAAAGGAAGCUCGGCUCACAAAAAAGAGAACCGUCUUGCCAAACUCCUUUGUGGAAUUUUCCAUUGAUAAGGACAUUAAGAAAAGCAAGGUUGUGUAUGCAUCUAAAGACCCGGUGUGGGAGGAGGGCUUCACCUUCUUUGUGCAUAAUGUCAAAACACAGCAGCUCAUAGUUCAGGUCAAAGAGUCGGAGAAGAAGACUCAGCUCGGUGUUCUCCACUUGCCCCUGGCUCGCCUCCUCAACAUAUCCGACAUGACUAUAGACCAUCGGCUCCCGCUGGAGCGCUCCGGAGUGAACAGCCAGAUCAAGCUGAAAGCCACUCUCAGGAUUCUUGCCGUGGAAAAGCCUCCAUCCAAGAUUAUCGUCAAUCCUCCUCCACAAGACAAACGACAAAUACCACCUACUAACAAAGGAGCUAGCGCCCCUGUAUCCACUCCCUCUGCCACUACAUCCUCCUCUCCAGCACUUUCCCACCAAACCAACCCCCCUGCCCAAGCCUCAUCUCCGGCCUCGGCAGCUGAGACCCGGAACGGCUCUGAGGAAACCUGGCCGCCACCUUCUUCCACGUCACACAUGCGUCGGUAUGACUCCCAGAGCUUGCUGUCGGAGAAUUCCAUCGCUUCCCCGGCAAACAUGCGUCGGUACGACUCCCACAGUCUGCUGUCGGAGAACUCCAUAGCGUCGUCGCGUUUCGACCUUUCAGAGGGGGCCACGUAUCCAGAGGCCAUCCGGAACCAUCAGGGUUCAUUUGGGCAGAUCCAGCUGACUGUACGCUAUGCCGCCCUGAGGAAAAAACUCAUCGUCCAGGUUAUCUCCUGCAGGAACAUAUUCCGCUUCAGUGAGAAUGGCACAGACUCUUAUGUCCGCCUGUAUUUUCUCCCUGACCAAUCCUGGGUUCACCGCAAGAGGACACAAGUCAAGAAGAGGACAGUCAAUCCUGUCUUCAAUCACAAGUUUGAGUUUGACGUAUCACUUCAAGAAGCACAAACCAGAAAGUUGGAUGUUGCAGUGAAAAAUGGCAAAAUGUUCCACUCACGGGAGAGUAAGGACAUUGGCAUGGUGCUGCUAGAACUUUCACAGUUGGAUAUAGCCAAAGGCGUCACAGAAUGGUAUGAGCUCACACUGCCUGGGCUGAAGAAAUUCAGCUAGUGGAUAGAGCUGUAAAACUUCUGUUUUCAAAGCAGCUCUUCAGCAGCUGCAAGGCCAACUGCAGGCCGGAUAAAUGCUUGGGUAGUGGCAUGUUCCUUUGUCUUCCUUAUCAUCGUGGACAAGUUGGGCUUUCCAAAUGCAGCACUAAACCCAUCUCAGAUACUGGAAAUGUUUGGUACUAUAUGUCAAAGGCUGUACACUUGCAGGCACAUAUAGUAAUAUUCCAAACCACUCUCCUACUCAGGGUCUUACUUGGAAUAAAGUGUUUAGUUGUUAUGCAUUUGUCCCACUCACAGAUAUCCCCCACGAUAUAACGAAAUAUUCUGUUUAAAUAUUUUGUUUAAACAUGCUUUGGUAUCUCAGAUAAAGGUAUCAUUUUAUGAUUCAACUUAAUGUAGCUUAUUGUAUUGACAAGCACAAACACAACGAUUCUGAAUAAUAAUGCAAUUUCUUAGCAUGUAUUUUCCAUAGUAUGUAAUGUACCCUAAUUCAUCAGAACAUGUUUGUUUUUAUACUUUAUCAAGAAAUUAGAUAAUUCCUUUUAAUGUAGAUAUUUUUUGCGGGAGGGUUGGUUUUAAGUUGAUCUGAGCCAAAGUUAUUCUUUUUGUGUUUUUGUGUUAAUAUAUGUAUUAAUAAUUAUGUAAUAUUUCAUAGUAUUUGAAAUAAAUGGAAAAGCAAGUGUGUUUGUUGCAAUCCAGGAGCGUCAUUACAUAUUGAGGAUGGGUUGCACACGUUAAUAUACAUGUAUACAUAUUCACAGCUGGAAGAAGCCAAAUACUGAGCAGUCCUACUAAAGAAGUCGGUUCAUUAGAAGAGAAACAGCAUCCAAGCAAGGCACAUAUCCUAGUUCUUUGCUUAAGCGCACCUUGACAAUAGUGAGGGAGUGAGUACAUAUUUUAUACCUAACCCUUCAGAUUCAUCACCUGGUAUUUAAGUAAUCUUCAAUUUCAACAUUUCAAAUACUCACACUCUCAUAAACAAGCUUCAUAAAGUGUAUUAAUAAAAUAGCUUUCUGCAUGUGUGUAGAAUUUAACUUGAAAAACCAAGCUAAUUCUUUAAGGUGUGCAACAAUUCCCAUUACAUAGUUACAGCUAUUGUCACAAUACAUUUGUAGGCUUAUAUCUUGACUGCCAUGGACUUGUGGUAGCCAUCUAUGCUAAAUACAUUGUUGACUGCUAAUGUUAAUUGUAAAAAAAUGGCCAAGAAUUUGGUAAACUGUUCAUCUGUUGUCCUUUUAAAUUAUUCCACAGCUGGAAAAUGUAUUACCAGUUUAUAGUUUCUGGUGUUUUUGAAUUGACACAGUAAAUGACUGUGACAUUUGUUUUCAGCUAACAUUUUCAUAGCAAAUAAACAUCUUUAAGAAAAUAAAUGUUGGUUUUUCUCUUAAAAUGAUUUUAAUAAAUGUGAGAUUAAGUGUGA